AUGGCUUCUUUCACCACCUUCUUUAGCUUGCUUCUCUAUACCAUGAUGGUCUUUCUUCUAGAUCAAGGAGCUGGCAAAAACCGGUCUACUUGCCCGACAGAGUUCUCCUGUGGAAGCCUCGGGACGAUGAAGUAUCCGUUCUCCUCCAAUAUCUCCGGGAACGAAUGUGGGCUGUUAAAGCUUGAAUGUGAUGCAGUUCCAUUACCAAGAAUCCGAAUAGGAAGAAAAUAUUAUUAUGCUUAUGGGAAGCUGGGAGACUACAUCAGGCUAUAUGAUCCCGAGCUUGAACAAAUCGUGUUGAAUCGUCCUAGAUGCAAUUCUUUCGACACGAAUGUUUCCUUCCCGAAUUCCCCUUGUGCAUCAUUUGUCAUCCCCCACAACUUCACUGUGUUCAAAUGCCCAAACACUCCCAAAUUAACUCAACAGAUGAAUCAUUUUGGGUAUAGUAAUCACACCAAGUGUGGAGACUUCAGCGUUUUCUAUAGGCCUCCGGGUGAAGGUGAUCCACUUCCCAAUUUACCAAACCACCAUGGCUUUCCAGCCUUUCCACCCAAGUGCUCACCUAUUCUAUUGCCAUUUGAGAAAGAAUACAGCAAUAUUGACUUGUUUGACAUCAUAAGUGUUACUUUCGUCCUAGAAUGGCUGCUGUCCGAAGAUUGUUCCAACUGUCAAAAAAGAGGUGGCCAAUGUGUUACAACUGCAGAUAACCAAUUUCAUUGUUCCAAAGAAAGAGAUGUGAUCGUAAGUCGAAGAUUGGUGGUUACUUCACUGGAUUUGCGAGCUACAAUAACUGCAAAAUUAAACUUCGUCGUGUACUAUAGAGAGGACGGCAAUGAUACUGCCCCAGGCGGCGGCAACCUUCCUAUAGAGUGUUCAGUUGUUCAAUUGCCAUUUCGAAAGAAUUCCAGAAAUGGGAGGUCUCUGAAACUUGUGAGGAUUGUCAUUAUAAAGGGGGGAGAUGCCUAA